AUGGGUUACGGUCACAAAGACACAUCUGGAGAAGUGGCAUCUGGCGAUCAUGAAACUGGGUCAGACAAUAGUUUUGAGGACCAAAAUGAAAAUCGAUUGCAGAUUUUGCUUGAUUUUGCAAAGCUUCCUGAAUCCGUUAAACGAAGGGUAAAUGCUUUGAAAAAUAUUCUUGUUGAGUACAAAAGUGUGGAAUCCGAGUUCUACCAUGAGAUAUUUGAACUUGAAAAGAAGUUCAGAGAUCGUUUCGUGCCUCUUUUAGAAAAGCGCAAUGGCAUAAUAUCUGGUGCUGUUGAUCCAACAGAUGCAGAGGCAACUUGGAAUUAUGUUAAUGAUGCAGAAGCGCUUAUUGGAGACUUGAUCAAACAGAAUUUUGAUGCCCAAGAUGAAAGUUUAAAUGCAGUUGGUAAAAUUGAGGAGAACACUGACGUUAAGGGAAUUCCCAAAUUCUGGCUUAAAGUGCUUCUUCAUGCUCCCGUCACAGCUGAAAUGAUUGUCGACAAUGAUCAGCCAAUUUUGGAACAUCUCACUGAUGUUCGUGUUACUUAUGAUAACACAGACAGAAAGAUGUCAUUCAGCUUGAACUUCUAUUUUUCUCCCAAUGAAUAUUUCAAGGAGCGCGUCAUAACAAAGACAUACUUUUUUGAUAAUAACUUACCAGCUGAAAAUCCUCUUCUCUAUGAGGGUCCUCGAAUUGUCCGUGCCCAAGUCUCUCCGAUUACUUGGAAUCCGGGGAAAAAUGUGACGGUCAAGUUCGUCAAGAAGGUGAAGAAACACAAAAAUCGCAAAGAAGUACGAACGAUCACCAAAGAACUGAAACAGGAUUCCUUCUUUAACUUCUUUUAUCCCCCUCCAGAGUCUUUGAAUGAUGAAGACCUUGAUGAAGAAACUGAGGAUUUGUUGGAAGAAGACUUUAGAAUCGGUAGUUUUAUUCGUGAUACUCUAAUCCCCCAGGCUGUGCUUUUCUUCACUGGCGAAUACGAGGACAGUGAUAGGCCGCAUACAAAACGUCAGCCUGGAAAGGGUAAUGAUGAGGCACCGGAAUGCAAUCAGAGUUAA